AUGAUACAAGUUAAUCGCAAGCUCCUGGAACUUGCCUUCACUUACCCUUUCUUAAUGCACGCCUCUCUAGCUGUGGCGCUUACAUAUGACCGCCAUCUGAAUGGCUCCUUAGGCUGCCGUCGCACUGUAGAAGAGUGUUAUCACUGGUCUCAAAGCACAGUUCUCUUGAACAAGCGGCUAAGGGGACCGAUUGAAGACAAAGAUAAGGAUCCUAUCUGGGGUACUGCGGCUGCUCUCGUUAUCCUGAUCUUCUCGUGCCCCGAUGCAUACACACCGGAACAAGCGUGGCCUCUGAAAUCCUCCGACUCCUCCGACUUGAACUGGUUGCGCAUGAGCAAGGGUAAAAUGUCAUUGUGGCACAUUGUUAACCCGCUGCGACCGGACAGCCUUUUCCGUGUCAUGGCAGCGACCUUUGCCCAAAUGCAUUCACCAUUGCCAGAGGGAGGCAUAGAUGGUAUACCAAGGGCAUUAGCUUCCGUGUGUAACCUCAAAGACUCAUCUACUGCGGAAACUAAUCCGUAUUUCCACGCCGCCCACGCGGUAUCCCAACUCCUGGACCUCCCGGAUAACGAGGUCACAACCGGUCCGACUCAACUCUUUACGCGGAGUAUCCAUGGCCCUUUCGAAAGUUUACUCCGGAAGAAGGACCCUGUAGCGCUAUUGUUGCUCUAUCUAUGGUACCGGAAAGCAAGUCGCAGUAUAUGGUGGAUUGAACUUAGGGCAAGGGUGGAAUGCCCUUCUAUUUGCUUGUAUCUGCGACUAUAUCAUAAAGAGAAUGGUGAUGUACAUGCAUUCCUUCCGGGAGGAUCUCUCGGCGAUAGAUCGAAUUAG